UAGUUAAGCUGGGCACUUUUGCAAUGUACCAGUCAGAGUGAGCCAGAGGUGCUUGUGCUCCCACAGUGCAGCAGGACGGUUGCACUUCAGGUCUCUUUCUGUCAGCCCGCUCCAGGCCCAGGACCAUGGCACAGCAGGCUCCCAUUGACCCCACCAAGAUAGGUGAGGGUCGAGCCAUUGCUGUUCUGACCUCCGGAGGCGAUGCCCAGGGGAUGAAUGCAGCUGUGAGAGCCACAGUUCGAGUGGGACUGUACACUGGAGCCAAGGUUUAUUUUGUCCAUGAGGGUUAUCAGGGUCUGGUGGAUGGAGGAGACCACAUUCGCCCUGCCACUUGGGAGAGUGUGUCAAUGAUGCUGCAGCUGGGUGGGACUGUGAUCGGCAGUGCCCGUUGUCAAGAUUUCCGCUCCAAGGAGGGCCGCACAAAGGCGGCUUAUAACUUGGUAAAGCUGGGCAUCACCAACUUGUGCGUUAUUGGAGGGGACGGCAGUCUGACAGGUGCCAACCAGUUCCGGACAGAGUGGAAAGAUCUAUUAGCAGAUCUAAUAAAAGCUGGAAAAAUUACAGCAAAUGAGGCAAAAAAUUCCUCCCACCUCAAUAUUGUUGGUAUGGUGGGCUCCAUUGAUAAUGACUUUUGUGGAACUGACAUGACCAUUGGCACUGACUCCGCCCUCCAUCGCAUCAUCGAGAUAGUGGACGCCAUCACUACCACAGCACAGAGUCACCAGAGGACCUUUAUUCUGGAAGUUAUGGGACGGCAUUGUGGCUACCUUGCUUUGGUGACAGCUCUUGCCUGUGGAGCUGACUGGGUGUUUAUCCCAGAGAUGCCACCUGAAGAAGGAUGGGAGGAUCAUUUAUGCAGAAGGCUGACAGAGCAACGAGGCCGGGGCUCUCGGUUGAAUAUCAUUAUUGUUGCAGAGGGGGCAAUAGAUCGCCAUGGAAAACCAAUUACCUGUGACCUAGUCAAACAGCUGGUAUCCAAGAAGCUCGGCUUUGACACCCGCACCACCAUUCUGGGACAUGUGCAGAGAGGAGGAACGCCCUCCGCUUUUGACCGAAUCUUGGCUAGCAGGAUGGGUGUGGAGGCUGUUAUGGCCCUACUGGAAGCCACGCCUGAUACCCCAGCCUGUGUGGUCAGCUUGUCUGGAAACAUGGCUGUUAGGCUGCCUCUUAUGGAGUGUGUGCAAGUGACUAAGGAUGUCAUGACAGCCAUGGCUGAAGGCCGGUUUGAUGAAGCAGUGAAUCUCAGGGGAAAGAGUUUUGAGAAUAACUGGAAUACCUAUAAAAUGCUUGCCCAUGUCCACCCACCAGAGACAAAAAGUAACAUCAAUAUUGCCAUAUUAAACGUAGGCGCCCCAUGUGCAGGAAUGAACGCUGCCGUCCGUGCAGCUGUCAGGAUCGGGCUCCUCCAGGGCCAUCAGAUGCUGGCAGUGCAUGAUAGCUUUGAUGGCUUGGCUCAUGGGAUGAUUGAGCCCAUUACUUGGUCAGGAGUGGCAGGAUGGACUGGAAAGGGCGGCUCCAUACUAGGCACAAAAAGAUCUUUACCACAUGAGUUCAUGGAGGAAAUCAGUCUAAGCAUUACCAAGUUCAACAUUCAUGGUCUUGUUAUCAUUGGAGGCUUUGAGGCGUUCCUGGGAGGUCUAGAGAUGGUGCAAGCAAGAGAGAAGUAUGAGGAGCUCUGCAUUCCACUUGUGGUUGUUCCUGCUACUGUGUCCAACAACGUCCCAGGAACUGACUUCAGCAUUGGUGCUGACACUGCCCUCAACACAAUUACCAUGACAUGUGAUAGGAUCAAGCAGUCCGCUGCUGGCACCAAAAGAAGAGUGUUCAUCGUGGAGACUAUGGGAGGAUUCUGUGGUUACCUGGCAACCAUGGCGGGUUUAGCAUCUGGAGCUGAUGCUGCCUACAUUUAUGAAGAGUCUUUCAACAUUCAUCACCUUGAGAUGAAUGUAGAACAUCUUGUUGAGAAGAUGAAGACAACAGUGAAGAGAGGACUCAUUCUCAGAAAUGAGAAAUGCAAUGCAAACUACACCACCGACUUUAUCUUCAACCUUUAUUCUGAGGAGGGAAAGGGAAUUUUUGACUGCAGGAAAAAUGUUCUUGGCCACAUGCAGCAGGGUGGUACACCGAGUCCCUUUGACAGGAAUUUCGGCACAAAGAUGGGAAUCAAGUCUGUCCUUUGGUUGACUGACAAGCUGAAAGAAUGCUACAGACAUGGUCGCAUCUUUGCCAACUCUCAGGACUCAGCCUGUGUGCUGGGUAUGAGGAAGAGAGCUUUGGUUUUCCAGCCUUUGGCAGAACUCAAAGAUGAAACUGACUUUGAACAUCGUAUUCCAAAGAAACAGUGGUGGUUAAAACUGAGGCCCAUCCUGAAAAUCCUGGCUAAGUACAAGAUCAACCUGGAUAUUUCUGAAAAGGCUGCAAUGGAACAUGUCAUCAAAAGGAGAAGUGUAGUUCCCUAAAUAGCCCAUAUAUAAAUAUUUGCAAAGAUCUAAUCUCUGUAUUUAAAAUACACUGAGACCUUAGUUUUAACACAAGUGCAAUAUAAACAAAUGAAAAACAGUUACUCAAUAAAAACUUUCAGAUCACAUGACUUUAAUGUGAGAAAAACAACAUACUGUGUCUCCAUUUAGUAAGGCUUUUUGAAAAUUCUUUUGAAACACUUAAACUGUGUGCUUUUAAUAAACAAAGAAUAAAAGCAAUAAAACCAAUUUAAAUAAAUUUUAAGUUUGUUGUAAGUGGAGAGUGGAGUAAGCCCUUUUAUUUGUUAAAGGACUUGGAAGGUUAGGAAUUUUAUACCAUUAACCUUUGUGAAGGAGUUUUCAUUAGGGUUUUUUCAGCUAUACAUAGAGGGGGACAAAAAUAUUUCACAUAACUAAUCCUCUGUAAUUGGGGAAAAAUACAAUUUGGUUAUGUCUCUUUAAGGAGUAUUUCUACAAAUUCAGUUUUCAAAGGAUUUGAACAAGACAAACUGACUGGAAGAUGCCCAAGAAAGCAGAAAACCAUUAAUGAACAAACUAUGUAUUCAACCAAGACAAACGGGUCAUGUUUUAGCAAUAAAACUUUCAAGAAAACUUCUGUAAAA